GCCUCGCCAGGACUUCAGUGGCAACUUGGCCAAGCAGGAAAACCCCGACUCCGGGAGAGCCGCCCCCGGCUUCGGCAGCCCUCCGAAAUGUCCCGCUCAUUCUAUGUCGACUCCUUAAUCAUCAAAGACUCCUCGAGGCCGGCUCCGUCCCUGCCUGAGCAUCACCACGGCCAGGACUUCUUCAUCCCUCUCAGCAUGCCUUCCCCCCUCGUCAUGUCGGUGUCGGGCCCCGGCUGCCCGUCCCGCAAGAGCGGCGCUUUCUGCGUCUGCCCGCUCUGUGUCACCUCGCACCUGCACUCCUCUCGCGGCGGCGGCGGCGGCGGUGGCGGCGGCGGCGGCGGCGGCGGCGGCGGGGCCAUCCCCCUGCUCAAGAGCCAGUUCCCCGCCGCCGCCGCCGGCGAGGCCCAGUGCUGCCCGCGGGCCGGCCACGCUCACCACCCGCCGCAGCACCCGCCGCCCGCCGCCUCGGUGCCCGCCGCAGCCGCCGCCGCCGCCCUGGGGCACCCGGCGCAUCACCCACCUGCCUGCGCCGCCACCACCUACAGCGUCAGCGACCCCCGGAGGUUUCACUGCCUCGGCAUGGGAGGCUCCGAUUCCAGCCAAAUUCAAAACGGGAAAAGGAUGAGGACAGCUUUCACCAGCACCCAGCUCUUGGAGCUGGAGAGGGAAUUCUCCUCCAACAUGUACCUGUCCCGGCUGCGGAGGAUCGAGAUAGCCACCUACCUGAACCUGUCCGAGAAGCAAGUGAAAAUCUGGUUCCAAAACAGGAGGGUGAAGCACAAGAAAGAAGGCAAGGGCACCCAGCGAAACUCGCACGGGGGCUGCAAGUGCAGCACCAGCCAGGGGCAUUAUCCCCGGUCGGAGGACGAAGAGUCUCUAUCCCCCUCAUCGGCUACCGAGGAUAAAGAAAUCUCCCCGUUAUGAGGCCGGCCCGGAGCUCCGCUCCCGCCGCCGGGUCCCAGCCCGGAGCGGGGCGGCGGCACGGCGGCUCACCUGGCACCGCUGCCCCGGGGACAGCAGUCCGCCGACCUGGAGCGGGCUGGCUCUCGCUGGCCGGCAGGUUCAUUUCCAUCCCUUCGCAGUCAUAGAGAGAAAUAUAUAAAUAUAUUUUUGGAAUGUAAAUGGUUUAGUCUUGAGAGUUAAGCUAAAACGUUAUUUAUGUAGCCCCAGGAGCGGGCACCUGCUCUUCCUAACGUGUAACACGGGACUGGACUCGCACGGCCCAGGGUGCCUUCCCCCCAGGCAAUUUAAAGGAAAAAAACCCCAACCUUAUCUGGAACCGAAAGGCGAGACAUUUAAAAAACUGAAAAGCAAACAAAAACCUGUAGGGCUGAGAACCUCCUAGACGGACUUCUUAACAAAAACAAGAAAAGAAAUAAAGAUCGGUCGUUUGCUUCCGGGACGGCGGUUUGUUUGUGAAUAGUUUUAUAUACAAUUUAUAUUUAUAUUUAUUUAAAUAAAUGGGAUCAGACGAGAAUUUAAUUUUUCUUUUCUUCUCCUCCCCGCCCCCCCAGGUGCCAGCCUAGUCCAAGGAGCGAAGGUGGGCUGGCUGGGGCAGGGUGCGUUUCUUCGCAGUCCUUUGUACGGUGAAAGCAUUGGUGUAUAUGUGUCAGACCUCCGUAAAGACUAGAAAUAAAUGCC